GUAACAACACUGACAGAACCCGCAUCAAUCACCUCACGCGAUCCCCUUCCAUCUCCGCUUCUAUUCACAGCGAGUUGCUCGCCUUGGAGGAAUAUUGCUGUCCCCCCAUCUACAAUCUACUCGAGAAUAUAAUACCAUGGCUGACGCAAAGGUAGCUGCUCUUCAGGCGUGCAAGGCCGAGGUAAUGGACCUUUGCGCGGCUCACCACUGCAACCCCAUCCUGGUCCGCCUGGCAUGGCACGACGCUGGCACUUUCAACAAGGACAGCGCGGAGCCGUGGCCGAGGUGCGGCGGGGCCAACGGGUCCAUCCGCUUCGAGCCGGAGAUCAACCACGGUGCCAACGCCGGCCUGGUAAACGCCCUCCAGCUGCUGCAGCCUAUCAAGGACAAGCACCCGGAGGUUGGGUGGGCGGACCUGAUCCAGCUUGCCUCCGCCGCGGCCAUCGAGCAGGCUGGUGGCCCCGUGAUCGACAUGAAGUACGGCCGGAAGGACGCCACGACGCCGCAGUGCUGCGUGGACGAAGGUGCCCUCCCCGCGGGAAACGCGCCCUUCCCCGACGCCGACACCCCUCAGGCCCACCUCCGGAACGUGUUCUAUCGCAUGGGCUUCGGUGACGAGGGCAUCGUAGCGCUAUCCGGCGCCCACACCCUCGGAAGGGCCCAAAAGGACCGCAGCGGUGAGGGAGCCGAGUGCACCAAGUUCACCGCGGAAGGCGUGUGCCCCAGAGGGGCGGGUGCUCCCGGCUGCGGAAAGCCCGGAGGGAGCGCCUGGACACCGAACUGGCUCAAGUUCGACAACAGCUACUUCCAGACUGUGCCGGACGAAGGGUGCGAUCCUGAGCUGCUCAAGCUGGCGACCGACAGGUGCCUCUUCGUCGACGAGGGCUUCCUCCCCUUCGCACAGAAGUACAAGGCCAGCCAGGAGGCGUUCUUUGAGGACUACAAGAAGGCUCACAAGAUGCUCUCAGAGCUCGGCGCUGUUUGGGAGCCUGAAGGCGGCAUUACUAUCUAACAAGUUCCGCCUCCUGGAACGGUUACUGGAAUGGUGGCCGCAUUGCAGGAGCUCCGCGGUACCGCUUUUGUCAGCUCGGGUCGUUCUCGCCAACCGUCGAAGUUAACAUAAUCGCUACUGCGUUGGCGCCACCGGUGGUUGUAGAUCGCGCGCACACUUCAGGUUAUUUUGUUUUGAUUUUUCUUACUCCAUCACCACAUAUUGAUCCAUAACAACGAACCCAUCUCUAUCCACAGAUAUGAGUCCAGGAUAAUUUUGUAAUGAAACCAUCGCGUUUUUUUUCGGAAAAUCCGCCGAUCGGCAUCUUCUCCAAAAAGAAGCCGCUUCUAAUGAUGUUGCCCGUCGUCUCAGCGGACGGUGAAGUCGUAGGAUUUAUUUCUUCGGAGGUCGUUGGCUGGUCGAGGCAGUCUCUGAAUGUGAGAUACAUGAUGCGCUUCAUAUGCAUACAGUAGUUUCGUGGGAGCCGCAUUGGGACAUUUGGUUAGAAGUCACCCCCCAAGAGCACGCUCUUCUGCAACGUGUCCCCUGGGGGGGAUGUUGGUGUGUCUUUGAUACGUGUUUUUUCUUUGUUCGCCUCUACACGUUUGUUCCGCCACUAAGAUGGCGCGCUACCUCCUUCCACCCCUCCAUAAUAUGCGUCCGUGCGAGGUGAUGGUGUUCGCUUUGGCUGCCGGCUCGUGUUGUGUUGUGCGAUUGGUGGGUGCGGAGAGAGCUGAUACGGCUUCGUCGACGAUAGACAAACACCCAUCCCUUGUGGGAAGGAUGAGAGUUUGUUGUUUGAUGUGACGGGAGGAAGGAGCGCUCGAGGCUCAGCCGACUCCCGGCGCGGCGCGAGGGAGUGAUGGGCGUGUCCCUCUUGGGGUUGUCGUGAGGUUAGUCUGUGGCUCUGCUCCCGAGUUGGGACGGUGGGUUCUAAAGUAGUGCGGCCGUGCAUCGCCCUUUUUCGUCCUAACGGGAGUACAGACUGUAGUCGACUCUGAUUGUACUGCAGGGGCUUGAUAGGGUGUGUGAAACCGUUGGUGAUAAAUGAGGGCCAUAUGUGGAUACAACCAACCUCGUUUUGUGCAAGAAACGACGAAAGGAGACGUUUUCAUGUUGACUCCAAAGUUUGUUGUUCUCAUCUGUCUGUCGCCGUGAGGGAGUGCAGCCCAGCAAUGGACUCCUACCCGAAUCAACCUCCCUAAAGUAUGUGCGAUUGGGCGGGAAUUUCUGUUUACAACCAUUCUGAUAGCCGCGGGCGGCCGCGCUUUACUAUUCAGGGCUUCGAUUAUACCGAAGGUCCCCUCAAGCCAGCAGGAAGCAGUGUAUAGCAGUAUUUAUCUGCAUGCAUCGCGACCGCUCUAUUCCAGUCGUCAGUGUCCCUGACCAAAGGGUGGUCGUGUGAGUGUGACGCACAAAUUUCAAGGACCAAAGUAGUUGUGAUGUAAUCACCGUUGCACUUUUAGGAUGGCCAUUUUCUCCUAGGAACGUAUCAGUAUUGAGGACCGCUUCACGAAGGGACCCAUUAGGAUAACAUGGCUUGCUUGAGUCCACUCAAAG